GUAAAUUUUAUUUUGUGAAAGGUUAAAAACGGUUCAAAAUGAGUACCGCUGAUCAAAACAGUACGAAUAGCGUGUACUUUGAUAGUUAUGAAGAUUUGGAGAUUCAUCAGCUUAUGUUGGCGGACAAACCACGUCAAGAUGCCUACCAAUCCGCCAUUCUGGGCGGCAAGGAUCUCUUCAAGGACAAAACCGUCCUGGAUGUCGGAACCGGAACGGGAAUAUUAUCCAUCUUUUGCGCCCAGGCCGGUGCCAAGAAGGUGUAUGCCGUUGAGGCGUCCAACCUGGCCCGUUUAGCACGGGAAGUAGUCAAAGAGAAUGGUUUCGAGCAGGUGAUUGAGGUGUUUGAGUGCAAAGUAGAAGACUUUCAGUUACCACCAGGGGCCGACAAAGUGGACAUCAUUGUGUCCGAGUGGAUGGGAUUUUUUCUACUGCAUGAAGGAAUGCUGGAUUCCGUCAUCUACGCCAGGGACAAAUUUCUCAAACCGAACGGAUUUAUGUUCCCGGACACAGCGUCGAUUCUGGUGGCGCCCUGCAGCGUUCCAAGUCGAUUCGAUGACUUCGAUAACUUGUCCGGAGUUAGUAUGAAAACCUUUGGUCGGGAACUGCGAAAACAGAAAGCAGACAAACCGGAGAUUCUGAACGUGGCCGCGGAACAUUUGCUGCACGAGGGACACAUAAUGACGUGGCUGGACUUGAAGGAAGUCAGCACAGAAGACUUGAACUCUAUCGAUAUGAAGGAAGUGAUGGUCAUCCAGAACCCCGGUAAGUUCCAAGGCGUUUGUAUCUGGUUCGACUGCACGUUCCCGAGUGCGGAUUCCAAUCAAGUGGAUGGGGUCGUUCUAUCGACGAACCCCAAAUGUCCCGCCACGCACUGGAAACAGAGUGUGAUUCUGCUUCCGGAAGAUGCUUGCGAAGAAGUGGACAAACUGGAUCCAAUUGCAUUUAGUUUGAAUCUGACCAGAAACUCCGACAACUGCAGAAGAUACAACUUGCAACUGACGCUAUUGGACGUUGAACAGGAGGAGCACGGCUUACCUUGCGAUUGCGUGAUGACCAAGUGUAUCCUCAUGAAGGCGCAUUUGCAGAAAAUGGAAGUCGACCAAUAAAGCGAAGGAAAAAUACAUACCUUUUUAGGAAGA